AAGAGUGGGAGGCUCAGAAUGCUGAAAGGCUUUUACUGGGAAAUUGACAGAGGCUGGCGGCAGACCGGCAAGCUGAAGAUGCACAUGGGAUGCACAGCAUGGAAGCGCAGAUGUUUGUUUGGAUGGCGACAUGGAUGCAACCAUCAGAAAACAUCUCCAGCGCUGCAUUAAUCCUGGCAUCUCCCUGAUGACAGUCGACAGUAAUGACGUUUGUUGCUUUCACCGUCUCACUGCUGAUCCUGCUGCCUCCGGCGGCACUAACCCGCUGGGCAUGCCCUCGGGCCUGUCCGCAGUCCUGUUCCUGCACACAAGAGAAGAGCUGCAGCGUGCUGUGCGACCGCUCGGGCCUCUCUGAGCUGCCCAGAGAGUUUCCCUGCGAGGCCUCAGCCAUCAACCUGGACAAGAACAGACUCAAGUUCCUGUCAGAACGGGCCUUUGGUACCCUUCCAUCACUCAAGUCCCUCUCGCUGGACCACAACAACAUCUCCUUCAUCACCCCUGGAGCCUUCAAGGGUCUCUCCAACCUGGUGGAACUGAAAAUGGCGCACAACGAGUACAUCAGCUACCUUCACACGCGGACCUUCACAGGCCUCAAGAAGCUGGUGCGCCUUGACCUGUCCGACUGCAACCUCUUCAACAUCCCGGAUCGCAUCUUCAUCGAGCAGAUGGCGCUCAAGGAGCUGCUGUGCUUCCAGAACAAGUUCCGCAGGAUCCCCGGCGCCAUCCGGGGUAUGGAAAACCUGACCCACAUCUACCUGGAGAGGAGCAAGAUCGAGGCGGUGGCCUACAAUUCACUGCUGGGCCUGGGCAGCCUCAAGUACUUGAACCUCCAAGAGAACCGCAUCAAUGUCAUCCACGACCAGGCCUUCCAGGACCUUGUGCGGCUGGAGAACUUCUACCUCAACGACAACCUGCUGUCCGACCUGCCGCGGCUCGCCUUCAAGGGCCUCAGCCGCCUCAAGAUGCUCAACCUCGGUGGGAACCAGCUGACCAAUGUCUCCAAAACCUGGUUCGGCGACCUGGUGGAGCUGGAGAUCCUGUACCUGGACAGGAACCAGCUGGUGUACAUUGAGGAAGGAACCUUCGAGAACUUAACCAGCCUGAUCACGCUCCAUUUGAACAGCAACAACCUCAGCACUCUCCCCUUCCCGGUGUUCCAGCCUAUCUACUUCCUGGGUCGCCUCUACCUCUUUAGGAACCCCUGGGAAUGUGACUGCUCCUUGGAAUGGCUGAAGGAGUGGAUGGAGAACUACAACCUGGUGCGGGACAUCCCGUGCUCGUCACCGUCGUCGGUGGCAGGACUUGAUCUGGGCGAGGUGGUCUUUGCCAAAGUGAACGGCACAUGCAUUGACCCCGCCGAACUGAACUUGACCACGGUGUCCUCAGAGGUGGCCUCCACCACAGAGAACCGCUUCAACAGCCUCAUUUCCAGACUGCUGCAGCAGGAACUCCGGGAAGAGGCGGUCAACGGGACGGACGGUGCUCGCAACGGGACGCUGCCUGAAGCCGAGGACGGACAGCUCAGUGCCGGGGUCAGAGGGCAACACUGUCAAACGCAGAUACCGGCUUUCUAUUUUCUUGUGGCUUGGCUCAUUUUCAGUUUGGAUGAAUGGUGGAUGUUAUUUUACAUGAACGGGUGGAAGCUUUUUUAACUGCAAUUGACAUGACGGCUUCAUGUAUCAUAAUCUAUAUCAGCGGUCCCCAAUGUUUUUUUGCCCUACGGUUUAAUGUCAGACAAUAUUUUCAGGGACCGGCCUUUAAGGUAUGA